AUGGGGGAGAAGCCUUCACCAUCAAUUGAAGAGUUACUGACGACUUACAUAGUGGACUCCAAGGCAAGGCUAGAUCAACAUGACACUCGUCUCAACAAUAUUGAAACACAUUGUACUAAUAUGGGAGCAACGAUGAAGACAUUGGAAACACAAGUGGGUCAACUGGCCAAUACUAUGAAGAAUCAAAUAUCUAGAUCUUUUCCAAGUAAUACAAAUAAGAAUACAAAAGAGUGCAAUGCAAUCACUUUGAGGAGUGGAAAAGAAUUGGGCCCUCCUACAGAUGAGAAAAAAAAGGUUGUUGAAGAAAGAGCCAUCGGUGAUGCCCUUGAUCAAAUGCAAAACUACGCUAAGUUUAUGAAGGAGGUGAUGUCUAAGAAUCGUAAGUUAGAGGAUUAUGAAACAAUUAAGCUAACGGAAGAGUGUAGUGCCAUUAUCAAAAGACAAUUACUAGAAAAUUUGAAAGAUCCGGGAAGUUUUACAAUUCCAUGUGUUAUUGGUGAGCUACAUAUUGAGAAGGCCUUCUAUGAUUUGGGUGCUAAGGUUAAGAUUGACAUAUUAACAUUCCUUACAGAAGAUGUUAUAUUGAAGAUUGAUAAAUUCUUUUUUCCAGUUGAUUUUGUUGUGCUUGACAUGGAUGAAGAGCAAGAAAUUCCUAUAAUCUUGGGAAGACCUUUUCUUGCAACUGGGAAAGCUUUGAUUGAUGUUCAUAAUGGAAACUUGACUCUAAGGGUGAAUGGCGGAGAAGUAAAGUUCAAUAUUAGUAAUGCUAUGAAGUUUCCCAAGGAGCAAGCGAAUUGUAAUAGAGUGGAUAUAGUUACUCCAUGCUUAAGAUACUUUUUCAAGACCAUGUUUUAUAAUGAUCCUUUGUAA